AAAAUAUCAAAACUUUUUCCUUUGUACAAGAAAACAAAAAUGUCGACCCACCAAAAUAAUAAACCCCAAGAAGUAGAAUUUAGCAUCUAUAGAAAUCGAGAUGGUAAUUUUUCAAACAAUAUAGAAGAUGUUGAUAAUUAUUUGAGAUUUGAAGAACAAGAAAAUUCAAAUAAAAAUUCUGAACAAAAAUCUCCAGAAUUACCAAAUAAUUCGAAUAAUUUAUCUGACUCUCAAAG